AUGCGCGCCGGAGCCCCCGCCGAGCCGCAGGGAGGGCAGGGCACUGGGCGCCAGCGCGCCAUCUCCAACAUGGGCUUCCUGCUGACCCCCGCGGGCGACGAGGCCCACAUCACCGAGUCCAGCAUCCGUGCCAGCGUGGGCCCUGGCGGCUUCCACGCCUCCGACUUUGAGCUGCUCCAGGAGCUGGGCCAGAUCAGCAUCCAGCAGGUGGAGACGUCGCCGGGCGGGGAGGAGCCGCAGCAGCAUGCCCUGCACCACAACACGGCACGCAGCGUCGCCGUGAUUGGCUACACGGCUGCCUACCGCUCCGGCAUGCCCUUUGAGGACCCGGUGAUGGUCAUGCUCAAGGAGUACCUCCCCGCGGCCCGGGCAGUUGCCUUCAACGAGCUGCAGGUGCUGAGGGCUCUCACCGGCCUCCCCCACGCGCAUGAGAAGUUCAGGGCGGCCUCCUCCUCGCUCAGCGCCAACCCCCCGGUGGUCGAACUGCUGGGCUACUUCCUCGCCGGGCACAGCGACAGCGCGCGGCGCCUGGAGCCGGCCGCCAUCCUUGCGCAUCCAGAGAACACCAUCUGGGUGGUCACCAAGUGGGAUGGCUUGGCCCCGCUCACGCACUACCCCGCCCAGCAGCAGACCAGCGGGCUGGGGCUGGGGAGGCGCUGGGGGGAGGGCGCCGGCGCCUCCCACACCCGCAAGCGCAUGCUGAGGGCCAUCGCGCGGGGCCUGCUGCGCGCGCUGUGCUACUGCCACGUGCGCGGCGUGGUGCACGGUUCGCUAGGCUCCGGCUCAGUCCUGCUUUCCUCAUUCGACGACACCCAUGCCGAGCGCUUGGUGGUCAAGCUGGACAACCUGGGCUGCGCCCCGCCGCCCGGCUCCUUUGAGGACAUGCUGGACACCCAGGCGGGGCUGGCGGACAGCCCACUGCGCCAGGGCAUGGCCGCCGACCUGCAGUCCGCCGCGUUGGUCCUGCUCGAGGCGGUGCUGGGCGGGCUGUCGGCGGCAGGGCCGGGCGCGGGGACGCAGGGCGAUGCGCUGCGUCGUGUGCUAGGCACUGUUUACCGAUAUGAUCUCAGCCUCUUCAGGCAGUACUGCGAGCACGAGCCGGACUGGGGCGAGGCGACGGCCUUCCUGGCGGAGGGCGAAGGGGCGGGGUGGCACCUCCUGGGGGAGAUGCUGUCGGGGGAGGUGCUGACCUCCACCCUCCUGGCACACCCCUUCUGCCGUGUGUGA